CGGAGUAACAUUAAAGACUUCCGGUUAAACCUUAACCCCAGAAUGAGUGAACACUGUGCAGUUUGAAUGUAAGGCUAGUUUAUUCACCGUAUAGCGGUGUCCUUAAAGUAAACAGUUAACGAAAGUAGAGUACAGGACGCAUCGAGAGUAUGGCUGAAGCACGCAGAGUCAUUGUGUACGGCGGAAAAGGCGCUCUGGGGUCUGCAUACGUACAGUACUUCAAGUCUAAGAGCUGGUGGGUCGCGAGCGUUGAUAUAGGUGCCAACGAUGAUGCGAACGCCAACGUACUGGUCACAGUUAACGACUCCUUCACCGGACAGGCUGACCAGGUGACAGCAGAUGUGUCUUCGUUACUAGGGGAACAGAAGGUGGAUGCCAUUCUGUGUGUGGCAGGAGGCUGGGCAGGAGGAAGUGCCAAGGCUAAAGCUCUUUUUAAGAACAGUGACUUGAUGUGGAAACAGAGUGUGUGGACCUCAACCAUCUCCAGUCACCUAGCAACCAAACACCUGAAGGAGGGGGGGCUGCUCACUUUGGCGGGGGCCAAGGCCGGUCUGACUGGAUCCCCAGGUAUGCUGGGUUAUGGCAUGGCGAAGGCAGCAGUCCACCAGCUGUGUCAGUCUCUAGCAGGAGCCAACAGUGGUCUGCCUACUGGAGCAACUGCUGUCGCUAUACUGCCUAUCACAUUGGACACGCCCAUGAACAGGAAGUUUAUGCCAGAGGGUGACACCACUUCCUGGACGCCGUUGGAAUACGUGGCUGAACUGUUCUAUAGCUGGACGAGUGGAGAGAACCGUCCUGCGUCUGGCACGCUGGUGGAGCUGGUGACAUCACAGGGCAAGACACAGGCCACACCCUUAUAGACACAGGCCACGCCCCCCUGGGAAGUAAUUGUCCAAAUUGCCAACUCGAAAUCUGCCUAGGUCUCAGGUCCCAUUCUAACUGAGCAGAACCUUAACACAUCCCACUAGAGCCCCUGUGAACAAGCAGUGCAUGUUUUAAGUUGUGUGUGUGUGCACAAUAUGUCCCCUGUGUAAGGUACCUGUAGCUGCUAUAAAACCUCAAACUGA